CCAGCAACCAUAAACAUUUCAGAGGAUUAAUUUACAAAAUUUCUCCAAUUUUAACAUCGAAUUGUGCAAAUAUAGGUUGAGCUAUAAUGUCAAAGAGGAAGCAAGAAAUUGCUCUCCAACAGGAGUUGGAGACUCAGGAAGAAUGGGAGGAGAUGCUAGCAAAGGAGGGACUCAUAGUUAUUGAUGUGUACCAGGAGUGGUGUGGUCCAUGUAAGGCACUCGUUACAAACCUCAAGAGGUACAAGAAUGAGACGGCUGAUGAUUUGUUACAUUUUGCUGUUGCUAAGGCAGAUACCAUAGAUGCAUUAGAACGAUACAGAGGCAAAUGUGAACCAUGUUUUCUCUUUUUUGCUGGUGGUGUACUGGUCGCUGUACGUAGGGGGGCUAAUAGUCCCUGUAUACUGAAGUCCAUUGCAGAGCAGCUAAAAAAAGAGCACGCAGUCCUCGAUGGCGAUGCAGAAAGGGAGGAGAUUCGUGAUCCUGGGCUUGCAGAUAUUGAACCAGAAAAAGGUGCUGAUGAUGAAGACGAUACUGAAAAAGAGGCAGAGGAAGAAGCCAUUAAGAAGGAAGUCACUGUUGCAAUACUUAAACCAGAUAUUGUUAAGGAAGAAGGAAAGGUGGAAGAAAUCCUACAAAAGAUGGAAGAGGCUGGUAUUGAAGUACUUGAAAAAACAGAGAAACAAUUAACAGAAGAGGAAGCUCGCGAGUUUUAUGCUCAUCAGAAGGAGGAGGAGUGGUUUGAAGAGCUCAUCACACAUAUGACGAGUGGUCCAAGUUUUGUUCUAGUCUUAACAAAGGGAGACACAGGAGAGAAUGUCAUCCAAGGCUGGCGAGAUAUGAUUGGGCCCACAAUGGUGGAAGAUGCCAAAGAAAAUGCUCCAGAAAGUUUACGUGCUCAAUAUGGUUCAGAAAAAUAUUUCAACGCACUCCAUGGUUCUGAUUCCAAGGAGACUUCAGCCAGGGAACUUGCAUUUUUCUUCCCAGACUUCAAUGUGCCUGUGGUGCCUGGCUCAGGCCCUAAACCCAAGAUUCAGCGAACACUUGCCCUCAUACGACCAGAUGCCCUCACAGAAAGCAAAGAUGCUAUUUUGGAGAAGAUUCGUGCUGCAGGGUUUGAAGUGGCCCUCCAGAAAGAGGUUCAGCUCACAAAAGAGCAGGCAGAAGAGUUCUAUAAGGAACAUGAAGGACAGGAUUACUUUGAAGAGCUCACUACAAGGAUGUCAAGUGGCCCAUUGUUGGCCCUUGGUUUGGCAAGAGAGGAUGGUAUAGAAAGAUGGAGGGAUAUGUUAGGACCUAAAGAAGUAGACAAAGCAAAAGAAGAAGCCCCUGAGAGUUUACGUGCCCAGUUUGCUGUAGAAGACGUCCCCAUAAACCCACUUCACGGUUCAGACUCUCCAAGCACUGCAGAAAAAGAAAUAGACUAUUUCUUCCCUAUGCAACAAACUUUAGCUGUAGUCAAACCAGAUGCUUAUGAUAAUAGAGAUGAAAUUAUGGAUAAAAUAAAAGAAGCAGGAUUCCACAUAGCAGCCAGGAAAGAAACCGAAUUAACAAAAGAAAUGGCAGAGGCAUUUUAUAAAGACCAAAAUGAUAAAGAAUUUUUCAGUGAUCUCACGGAACAUAUGACAAGUGGUCCAACUCUAUUUAUGGUAUUAUCUCGGAAUGAUGCGGUGGAUGGUUGGAGGUCUGUAAUAGGCCCUACUGACCCAGAACAAGCAAAGGAGGCAGCUCCAGAAACCUUACGUGCCAAAUAUGGAAAAGAUGUGAAAGCGAAUGCACUUCACGGCAGCUCUAGUGUGAACCAUGCUCACGAAGGAAUCAAAGAAAUAUUUGGAGAUCUUGAAUUCAACAAAGAUGGUACAUUGAAAGAAGAGACUGGUGAAGGAGAAAAGGAAAACGAGGAUACUGAUGAACCAGCUGAUGGAGAAGGGGAGGAGAAGGAAGAGGAUCCUGCUGGAGAAGAGGAGCAAGAAGGGGCCGAUGGAGAUGAUGUGAAGUCCUCCCUUGAGGAGAAACAAGAGGAUGAAGACACUGAGAAACAGACAGAUGGGGAAGAUGGAGACAAACAGGAGGACACUCAAGAUAAGCCUAAUGAUGAUGAAACCAAAAGUGUAAAGGGCAGUCGGGCUGGAAGUGCUACGGGCAGUCAAGCUGGAAGUGCGAAGGGGAGUCCACCUGGAAGCGCAAAGGGGAGUCCACCUGGAAGUGCCAAGGGCAGUCGGGCUGGAAGUGCGAAGGGGAGUCCACCUGGAAGCGCAAAGGGGAGUGCACCUGGAAGUGCUAAAGGAAGUCAGGCUGGAAGUGUUCAAGGUAGCGCGAAAGGCAGUCGGGCUGGGAGUGCAAAAAGCACUAAAGCUGAAGGAGAUGCUGGAAGAGACAAUGCUGAUGAAGAUACUCAGAGUGCUAAAGGAGAUGAUGACAAAAAGGAUGAAGAACAGAAAGAAGAUGACACUAAGAGUGUAAAAGAUGAGAACCAAGAAGAGAAAAAAGAGGAUGAGGGUGAGGCCAGCACUGAGGCAGAAAAGACUGAGGAGAAACCAGCUGACACUGAGGAAACGAAAGAAGAUACUAAAGAAGAAGAAGAAGGAGAAACUGCUAAAGAGGAAGAGGAGAAAACUGCAGAAGGUGAAUCAUCAGAGCAAACUGAAGAUAAAGAUAAGGAAAAGCCAGAUGAACCUAAAGCUGAAUAGGAAACAUUUAGACAAAAUCUCACUUCCACGGAAUCUACCAAUCCCUUUAUACAUUAUCCCACUACAAUUGGUGAUGUGGAGAGCCACCUAUUACCAGUGUACAAUACUAAAUAGCCUGGAAGGAUAUGGGAUAAUUCAUGAACUUUGUUUUGGAAUAUUCCAAAGAACAUUAUGUAUAAGUCAUGAGUUAGUCAUCACCCUUUGGACUUCAUUUGAAUAGGAUCUCUAGAAUCUGAUUAUGUACAUUUUUGUACAUAGGGUUACACUUCAGUAGGGUGUUUGCAAUGCCCUAUUUUGUUAAAUAUCUUUGUCCGUCCAUUUGUCAUUCCAAUUUUUGGUUGACAAUUUUAAAAUAUUGACUCCAUAAUAUAUUAUUUAAGAUUUGAAUUGUUAAUGAUAUCAAUAAAUUAUUUUAUAAGAUGA